UUGGGGACUUUUGGGCAAGAUACUAAUCAUCAAUAAUAAUCACGUGUAAAUUGAUUGAUGUGAUUUAUGGACAGAGAGGGAGAGGAAGAGAUUUUACAAAAUAUGUUUUGGUGAAUUGGUAAUUUAAGCCAUAUUAUGUAGCAACGCGUUGAUUUCCAUAUAACGACGAACAAGUUUUGAAUUAGAAAUCAAUACUAAUCUUAUUCUAAAUCGUGGUCUUUGGGAUUUGUAAUUCAACAAUGUGAAUUAAUUUGAAAUGGAACAUCUGAGGCACACACACAGAACAUAUAACAUAUAAAGAGAAUUUAGUUUCCACCCCAGGCAAUUACAGAAAAGGGACACAAAAGGGGGACAAUUAAUUAAAUUUAUGCAAUCCUGUUGAAAACUUUUGCACUGGAUAUCAUUCAUCUUUAGUUGUAGUCAGUGCACCAUCCACAAUGAAUACCAUUCUUAAUUAUCAUCAUAAAAUCCGAGUUCUACUGCUUGUGAGCAUUUUUGCAGAUAUGGUGAAUUCUCUUCGUGAUGUGUACGUCACGGUUCCAAAUGCCGUCCGUAGGGGCGAUACAACAUUGCUAAUUUGUCACUAUGACCUCGAAGGUGAUGCACUUUAUUCAGUCAAGUGGUACAAAGGUCGCCAGGAAUUUUAUGGGUAUACACCAAAAGAAAUGCCCACCAUGAAAAUAUUUUCCAUUGCUGGAAUUUCAAUAAUUAAAUCUCUAUCCAACGAAAGCCACAUUACCCUGGAAGAUGUUCAACUCAUAAGUUCGGGGAGGUACAGCUGUGAAGUUACCGUAGAUGCACCCUCAUUUCACACAUUUAUUUCUUCUGCAGACAUGGAAGUAGUUGAGUUGCCACACCAUCUCCCAGCUAUUGUUGGAACUCGUCCAAAGUAUCGCGUUCGCGAUAGUGUACGUGCAAAUUGCACUUCAAGACUUUCUAAACCAGCAGCUAAUUUGACAUGGAGCAUCAACAACUUGCCUGUUAAUCCGUCGUAUGUAAAGUAUCACAAACCACUGAAGAAUCACGAGCAUGCUUUAGAAACGGCCAUUAUUGGGAUACAAUUUGUUAUAAAUAGGCAUCAUUUUAUUGAUGGGAAAUUAAAGUUAAAAUGCUUGGCAACAAUACACGACAUUUAUAUUCAGUCGACGGAGAAGAGCUUGGAAGAGGAGAAGCCCCGAAUUCACUCCACAAGAACUCCAAAUGUUAAUUACAUGAACUUCCAUCUCAAUUUUCCCCAUGAUCGAUAUCCAACCAUUGACACAACGGAUUCAUUUGGACGAAAGAAUAGUUACGAAACUGAAUUUCAUGAACCCGAGUCGUCAUAUAAAUCAUCUUCAGCUUAUAGAGCAUGUUCUCCACUUAAAUAUUCUGUAUUUACAAUAGUAAUUCAUUGUGCUGCAAUUUCACUGACAUCAUCUAAUGUCUUUAUUAGAGAGAUAUUUAAUAAAAUAAAAUUAUCCAGCCUCUGAGAGCUUCGUCUUCCCAGCAGCCAAGUUACCUUUUUCCAUUGUAUAUAAUGUACUAUAUAUUAUGUAUUUGUGUAAAGAAGCAAUUAAAACAUUUUGAUCUUGUGUGCUAUAAGUAAUUUAAUUACCGUGCAAAAAUGUUUAACCUCUGAAAGGUGUGAGAAAAAAAUGCUGUAUUAACUAUAAACAAGUUGUUAUAGAUAAAAUAUGAAAUUAAAUCUCAAUUCAGAAUUUU